ACCCUAUGCUGAAUAAGAUCUGUCAGGAACAGAGCGCCCCCAUGUCCAACAAAACCCAAGUGAAAGGGGGUGGAGGAGGAGGGGGCGGGGCCACAUAUUUGUUCAAGGUCGUAAAAGAUGUGUUCAUCCCCCUCAUCAUCGCUGCUGGGGGAGGGGGCCGGGGCUACAGCAGCCUAUCAGAGAUGCAGCUGGAGCAGAUGGAUUAUGACCCCAGCCAACCGGGACGCAACGGGAAGUCAAGUGCUGCAGGUGGAGGCGGAGGCUGGAACGACACUGCUCCUGUCAGUCAGGGGGGCAGACCUCUGGUGCUGGGGGGCCAGGGAGGGCAGGCCUGUCAAAAGUUCUGGCAGACUCGCGGUGGCUUCGGGGGCGGCGGAGGGGGGUGUUUGUCCGGGGGCGCUGCCGGAGGAUACAGAGGUGGUAACACCUCACUGGAUAACAAUCCCAAACACGAUGGUGACGAUGGCACCUCCUUCCUCGGCCCAGAAGGAGAGCCCUUCCUCUACCCGCUGAAAGCUAUGGAGGGGGAUGGGGAGGUGAUCAUCAGUCCGGUGCAGAACUGCAGCCACUGUGAAAGCGACGAAUGCCACGACACCUACGGCAGCAUCGUGUGCUACUGCGACGAGGGUCUGAUCCUGGCCCGGGACGGGGUCUCCUGCAUCAACGCUACAGAGGUUACCCGGCUGCCCCCCCAGCCGUCUCUAUCCCACCUGGCGCUGGGGCUGUCUGUGGGCACCUCGGCCCUCAUCGCCGCCCUGCUGCUGGCCGUCUCCGGGGUCAUGAUCAUGUACAGGCGUAAACAUACGGAGCUGCAGUCCAUCCAGCUGGAGCUGCAGAGUCCAGACUGUAAGCUCAGCAAGCUGCGGGCCUCCACCAUCAUGACCGACUACAACCCCAACUACUGCUUUGCCGGAAAGACGGCAUCGGUCACCGACCUGAAAGAAGUGCCGCGGAGAAAUAUCUCCCUCACCAGGGGUCUGGGUCACGGUGCCUUCGGUGAAGUAUACGAGGGGCUGGCAGUGGGGAUCCCAGGUGAACCCAGUCCUCUGCAAGUGGCAGUCAAGACCCUGCCUGAGGUUUGCUCUGAGCAGGAUGAGCUGGACUUCCUCAUGGAGGCUCUAAUCAUCAGUAAGUUCAGCCACCAGAACAUUGUGCGCUGUGUGGGGGUCAGCCUGCAGACCAUGCCCAGGUUCAUCCUGCUGGAGCUGAUGACCGGGGGAGACCUCAAGUCCUUCCUGAGGGAGACCAGACCCCGGCUGGAGCAUCCGUCCAGCUUGUCCAUGGUGGAUCUUCUGAAUGUGGCCCGAGACAUCGCAAAGGGCUGCCAGUAUCUGGAGGAGAACCAGUUUAUACACAGAGACAUUGCCGCUCGUAAUUGCCUACUGACCUGCAAAGGAUCGGGCCGUGUCGCCAAGAUUGGAGAUUUUGGGAUGGCUCGAGACAUUUACAGUGUGUGGAACUGGGAGGGGAAGCAUGCUGUGCUGCUGCCAGGGAAGAAUCUCCAGAGCAUAAUGGAUGACAGCCACACCUGGCAAGUCAACACAAGGAAGCUUAAGAGAGACAGUGGGGAGAUCCGUGAAGGCUUCCAUCGCAGGUUUAAACUGUGGUUGGUGGCAAAAAUGUUCACGAUUCAGAGCACGGGUGGCCAGGGUGAGGUCGGGGAACAUGAGGGGAAUUACUUGAUUCUGCCUUGA